AUGAGUGUAGACGCUGAAUGCGAAGAGUCUUUGACUCCUCGAGACGUUUGCUCGUCGAUCCCCCAAGCUCACAGGGGGUUUAUAAAUAGUGAUCCUUAGCUCAAACUUGUGAGGGAACCUAUAGAAUCUAUGAGCGCUCAUAUCAACAUACGUAUGAAUUAAACGUAAGGUUAAACAAAGCUCUAAGAAACAUCAGUUGCACAACUGAUCAGUCCGUAAUAUCCAACCAAAACACUCCUGUGGCUAAGCAGAACGAACCGCAGCAAGGAGACUUAUCUGAUGAUAACAGCAAUCAUACUAGAAAAUUGCAGGAAGGACGAAGUAGGUCAAAGUCCAGUCGUAUUAGCAUAGGCGUCCGCCGUGAUCGAGAACCAUCGAGAUUACCGUGGAAGAAAAUUCUGAACUUAUUUAACAAGGCUAAAGCAAUAGAGAGGUAUGUAAGGUUUCAUAUUGUGCAUGGUGAAUCACAUUCGUCAGCGUUGAAAACGAUUUUAUCGUUUGAUUACCGUAAUUAUCUUAAAACCAGACUGUGAAGAGGUAAACCUGUUGGAAUCUGUGAUUGUUUCGAUUAUACUCAAUAAACACUCGUAGUCGCACUCAUUUACUUUAUUCUCUUACUUUCCAUUUAAAGGAAAAGGUCAACUGAAAAUAGAUCACCAAACGCUAACUGAUUUGAUGUACUUAGAAACUUAACAGGAUAUUGAAAAGCCAAACAGUAUAAAAUAAAUUUACGCACUGACAUUAGCGGCACUAGUUCCCAGGAGAAUAUCUAACCACGUGCGUUCACUAACUCAAUUAAUCAUUAACAUUACAAUUUCCUCAAAUGUGAUUGGUGCAUCACCUGCUUUAUAUCUCACUAGUCACUCUGUAUAGUUCUAAUCGGAAAGUGUAAUCGGAUAGUUGAAGCGGCCAAUCAUACUCAGUCUACUCAGCUAAAUCCACCAAUCACAGAAUUUAUCACAAUAACCAUAGCAACAAGCACUUACCCUGAAAAAAAAAAACUGGGAAAUUUCCAAAUGUUUUGCUUUAGACGUUGUCUCUACUGAAGAUGUUUGUCCUAAAUGUUUUUUUCCUGAAAUUGUAAUGGUUAUGAUUGAUUGGUGACAGGACUUUGCGUCGCCCAAUUCUGUCUGUAAUCUUACUCGUGAUUGACAGAUCGGACUCCCGCUUCGCGGUCGUCCGAUUUUGUUAAUCACUUGUAUGAUUACAGACCGAAUUGGAUUCCACUCGGUCCUAUUAUCAUUAUUAAUCGUUUACUAAUCAAGUUUCUUAUAGUGUAAUAUGAUAGAUUAUGACGUCACGGUAACAGAAUCACUCGUGCAAAAGGUUCAAGGUUAUAUUUUGCUAUUGAUUAUGUUUACAUUUUCAAAAAAAGGACUGCAAAGCACAAAAAGACAUGAAGUAUUCAGUAGUUUUUAUCAUGAAUUUGUACAUUUUGUUCGAUGCCAUUCAAUAAAGUGUAAGAAACGAAACCGCAAGUAUUUUGUUUCAAGGGCGAAGUUACUUCAGGUGAUAUUGAGUCAAACAUGGGACCUGUUACUCAGGGAAAUAAUGCAAACAAUCUUAAUGAAUUGUUACAAUCUCGAUCAACAUAGCUUGUGA